AUGGCGGCUUCGUCACCGUCUCUGAGUAACAAUGGCCUUUCCUCCGCCGUCACUCCUCCUAAAACUCUCCGUGGUCUCAACAAGCCCAAAUGCCCAUUUCAAUCUUGCAAGGGUUGCUGUUCAAGAGCAGAAAACCCUUGCCCGAUUCACGUUCUUAAAGCAGCUGCAACGUCUGCUGAGAAGACGCAGGCGCCAAGUACUCCGUCAUCAGAGCAGAAAGCAUCUGAAGGCACUCCCGGGACUACAACUAGAGUUUCAUCAAUCCGGCAACUUUCUAGCAAUUUUGCUCAGUUUAAUAACCUGAAUGCUGCUUCCCGCCAGAGAAAACCUUUGACGAUAAAGGAUGCUCAAGCGUUAAAUGAGUGGCGGUUUACAAAGUUAAAAGAAUACAGAGACAGAAACAUCGAGGUGGAAAAUGAAGCUUUUGAUCGGUAUAUGAGUAAUGUGAAUUUACUCGAAGAAGCCUUUUCAUUGACAUCUGUACCUGAAGAGGAUUCCGGAGCAGCAGCUUCUGAGCAAAACAAAGAGGAAAAAAUUGUUUCAGAGCUGAAACUGAGGAUGAGAUCGAACUCUGAAAGAACAGAGAGCUUCAAGAAGCGGAUCAGGGAGACUGUCAAAGCCGGUUUGGUGAAGCUUCAGAAACCACGUUUUGGUGGUAAUUCAAAGGAUCCAGAUGAAACCGAAAGACGGAUCAAAAGGGGUAAAUGGAAAGAGAAAGCUUCAGCUUUGAGUGAAAUAAUCGAUAAACUGAACAAAUCAAGAACCGAAGAGGAUCUCAAAUCUUGCUUAGAGAUGAAAUCGAAGCUCUAUGUUCAAGGUUCUUCCAAUGCAGCAGCCGAGAAGAACAAGAAUUUUCAGGGCUUUGUCCGAAAAGGUGAGAUCAGUGAAGACGCACUUCAAAGAAUCGGCGAGGAUCUCCAAUCUUUUGACAAAGUGGAAACUUUAUGA